AUGGAGAGUCUGAGUGAGCUGCAGAACCCACUGCUGCCUCGGAGCCCCGCCCACCUCCACCGCCCCUACCCCUACCCCCAGGCCUCGCCCAGCUGGUCCUGCCAGGAGAAGCUCUACUCCUUCCUCCUAGGAGGUGCUGACCCUGCUCGCGCCCACCAGCUCCUGGACCCAGGGUCCCUGCAGCUGGCCGUGGAGGCCUGGUACAGGCCUACCUGCCUCCUGGGGAGGGACAAGGUCAAGGAGCCCAGGGCAGGCAGCUGUGAGACCAGCUUCACAGAGAGCAGGGAGCCCCAGGCUGGGCCCACAGAGUGGUCCACGGAACCUGGCCAAGCAGAAGAGGAUGUCGCCAUCCAGACUGUGUCCUAUGGGGUUCAAGAGGAGCUGCAGGGACAGGAGGACGACCAAGAGGAGGAGGAGAGUGACGCAACCUCCACAGAGAGUGAGAGUGAAGACAACUUCCUCACGCUGCCCCCCAGGGACCACCUGGGGCUCACCAUCUUCUCCAUGCUCUGCUGCUUCUGGCCACUGGGCAUCGCCGCCUUUCUACUUCUCCCAGGGGGCAGCUCACUACCCAACUCUGCCAACCUCUCCACAGAGAAAGAGCAGGAGGUGGCAGGGAGGGAAGGGAUGCUUGGCUGA